GCUGUCCCUGCCUCCUGAUGCGUCAGGGGGGACGUGUUAUCUUUUUCUUUUUGUUUUUUUAUGUUUGUUUAUUUGAUUUUUUUUCUGCGGCGCGCCGAGAGUGGUGCUGAUGCUGCGAGCUCCUGAGCCCCCUCUGGAGUCUGAAGACCAAUCAGAGCGCUUAUCAGACUUCGCCAUCCCGUUUCUCUCUCCGCAAAGCAGCCGGAGCACUUGUUCGCCACAGUCCCCUCGACCCCUCAACACUCUUCCUCCCGCCUCGGACCAGGAAGAUGGUUCCGCGCACAGUGCGUCUUGCAGCAGGCGGACCGAAGGCGUCGCUGAUCGACUCUCUGCCGGACUUUUGAAGUCACCAUGCCGUGCUACGCCCGGUUCCUGCUUUUACUUUUGUGUUUGAUCGUAAUCGUGGAGUGCCGGAAGCACAAAAGUAGGAAAAAGCGGUGGUCCGCGCCGGCGGAGACUCACAAGCCUGGAAACCCUCUGGCGAAGAAGGUCUCAGAUGGAACCAAAACCAGAAAGGUGAAGACCAGCCAUCUGCUGCGCAUCGACGAACAUGACUUCACCAUGAGGCCGGCGUUUGCAGGACCCGCUGUCCCUGUCGGAGUGGAUGUUCAGGUGGAGAGUCUGGACAGCAUAUCUGAGGUGGACAUGGACUUUACCAUGACCCUGUAUCUGAGGCACUACUGGAAGGACGAGAGGCUGGCCUUCCCGAGCGCCACCAACAAGAGCAUGACCUUUGACGGGCGCCUGGUGAAGAAAAUCUGGGUGCCCGACGUCUUCUUUGUCCACUCCAAGAGGUCCUUCAUCCACGACACCACCACUGACAACAUCAUGCUGAGGGUCUUCCCUGACGGUCAUGUUCUCUACAGCCUGAGGGUUACAGUUACUGCUGCUUGCAACAUGGACUUCAGUCGCUUCCCUCUGGACUCGCAGACGUGCACGCUAGAGCUGGAGAGCUAUGCCUACACCGACGAGGACCUGAUGCUCUACUGGAAAAGCGGUGAUGAGUCUCUGAGCACCGAUGACAGGAUUUCGCUGUCUCAGUUCCUCAUUCAGAAGUUCCACACUACCUCCAGACUGGCUUUCUACAGCAGCACAGGCUGGUACAACCGUCUGUACAUCAACUUCACUCUGCGGCGUCACAUCUUCUUCUUCCUGCUGCAGACCUACUUCCCCGCCACGCUGAUGGUCAUGCUGUCCUGGGUGUCCUUCUGGAUCGACCGCAGGGCCGUCCCUGCCAGAGUCUCAUUAGGUAUAACUACGGUGCUCACCAUGUCCACCAUCAUCACCGGAGUCAACGCCUCCAUGCCCAGGGUCUCCUACAUCAAAGCUGUGGAUAUUUACCUCUGGGUCAGUUUUGUCUUUGUCUUCUUGUCCGUGCUCGAAUACGCUGCCGUCAACUACCUGACAACGGUGAGGGACGGUAAAGACCGCAAGCUCAGAGAAAAAGUCCGGGAACAGGUACGGAGAGCAGUUCAGAAGUUACACCGAAUGGUGCUAAAAAUUUUACAUUUACUCUUGACCCUUUCUCUCUUUUUGAUCCAGUCCCAGAACCUCCCCUGCACCUGCGGCAUGACUCACACCAAGACCAUGAUGCUGGACGGGACGUACAGCGAGGCGGACGCCAACAGCCUGGCAGGGUACACCAGAGCCUCCAUGGCGGCCGAGGAUGCCUCGGAAAAACCGGAGCGGAUGGUGGUGCAUCUGUCCCUGGACAACGAGUCUACAGGGGCCAAAAAGAAGGGCCUCCGUGGCUUCCGGAUCAUCCAGAACACCCACGCCAUCGACACGUACUCUCGCAUGAUCUUCCCCGGCGCCUACAUCCUGUUUAACCUCAUCUACUGGUGUGUGUACUGCUGAGUGUGUGCGCUUUAGCUUCAACUGUUGCAGUGAAAGAACAAUAAACUCCAAAACCGUUUCGUUGAGCUUGGGAGGUGGAGUUUGGUAGGAUGGCUGGGGAAUAUCGCAGCACUCUGGGUGUGAAUAUCUCCACCUCUGGCUCACAUGUCACUGAUGGAUUGGACCACUUGUAGAGCUUUUAAAGGUUCCCUCCUUUAUCAAGAGCUGAUAUUUACCCCAAUCCUAUUCCAACACCCUCCUGGGGCUGGUUGCACACUCAGUCUACUGCCAGUUGUACAAAAAUUAAAAGAGACUCAUUUUACACCUAUAAAUGUCAACACAACAUCCAAAUCUGCCUGCUAUCCACAGGGGUUACUAAAUACCACAUUUCACGAUCAUCUAAAGUUUUCUAGCUCACCUCCUGAUUGCUUACGUCUAGUUCUGUGUUUUUGUGUGAACUUCAACUAAAACGUUACUUAUUUCCUUUGAAAAAAUGUUCUCUGCUGCACUCAUCUCUUUGUUUUUUGGUAAAUGUUCUUGUAAAUCUUCCAGAAGCUCACAUUUUUUUAGCUAGAUGAUCACAUCUGGGCAGUUUAGCUGAGUCUUUCUUUGCAAUCUUUCUUUACCCAGAAUUUACAGGGUGUUAUUUCUGUUUAAUUUGAUACAUUCAGAUUCUCGCAUUUUGCACGGCAGACAUUUUGUCUUGUCGUUUGAGAAUACACACAGGUGUAGCUGAAUAUACUGAAAAGAGCUGCCUUCCAUUUAGGUGAGCCAGUUCAAGGGUCCUUGUAUUGUUCAUGCUGCCACACUGUCAUGAUUUGUGGAGUACUUGAUGGAACUGAGGCAUCAGUAAUGAAGUUAUCGCACCUGUGUUCAGCCGAACUAUGACAGGUCCAAAUGUCUGCCAAGUGAAAGAUCUGUUAGAUUGAACUGCAUUUUCAUUUUCAUUGUAAUCAUUUAGUGUCACGUUAGUCUUGCACAGCCAAAUCUCCAUAGCCACAAAAUUAAAAUUGAAUUUCUUUGAUUUUAUUUUACAAAAAUAAAAAUAAAUAAAUAAAUCAAGAUGCCCAGCACUUUUGGCAAGUACUCACAAGUGUUAACAAUGGUGAUCUGACAUUUCUACACAUAUUUAUUAGCUUAUUUUUAAAAUUUGUUUCAGUACAUGUCUCCUAUCUUCUCUGCGUAAACACAUCCUGUAGUUAAGGCUACUUCAGUCAAAUAAUCCCUGAUUUUUUGGACUGUUGGCCACAGCUGAGUCAGUUUUACUUUUCCAGUUGUGGCAAGGAGCAAUUUUCUUUUACUUUUUUUUUUUACAGAAUCUGGUGAGCCAACUGUAAAUUUUUGCCAAUUUUUAAAUGAGACAUGCAGACUACACCUGUUUUAAUGAAAAGCUGUAAUUUUAAGCUGAGACCGGACCUGUGCUUUAUUCAAGAUAAGCUCAAUAACUGUUUCAAAGUUGACAAUCCAAUGAUUCAUUUGCUUUUUACCAUCUCUGGCUCGGAUAAAUGGUGGAUUAUUUGUGAUUAUUUAAAAGGGGAAAUGCUUUUCAAACUCGUCAGCACUUUUGGUAAAGAAAUACCAGGAUUUAAUAGCUGUUGUGUCUGUAAGUUGUACAUCCUGUUCAUCUGUUUCCAUGUCAUCCAUGCCGCCAGUUUUCUGAGAAUUUUACAAUGUCCCCAUUCUUAAUCUCCCCUAAAAUACUCAGAUUAAGUAAUAGUCUCUUACAUAGCGGAACAACAGACCUAUCUGAUUUGCCAGAAGAUAACAGAAAUGUGUGAUUCACAGGAUGUAACCGGGGUACAGAGAAUUGGACAUCCAUUCCUCGCCUUGCUUUUGGCUAAUGUCAUAUUCAUUGAGCAGAUAACAAGAACAUUAGCAUUCAUUUGGUGUUUGGCACUAGAACCUCUUUGCUCCACUGUGUUCACCAUCUAGUUACUUACACACUUUGUCUGUCUGCCAUUUGGCUCUAAGCUUGCUGUCAGAGCUUUGUGCUGCUCUAAAUGAGGUUGGUGAAGGUGUAGUUUGCUGUCCAGAAAACCAAAACAAUGAACUGAAAGAGGCGAAAAAGCUCUGUUUAAUUUUCCAAGUCUAAGGAAAGUCAUAUUUCCAUCGUGUUUCCGGCAUAAAUUCCUCCAUGUGAGCUUUUUUUGACAUACAACGUUCACAAACAUUGACAAAUCGAAACAGCAUUCUCUGUUGGUUUUCUGGGAUUUGCUCUGCUUCCGGAUGUAAUCCUGACUGGGGAGUUUUGCCGCCAUGAGCGAGACCGUCUUCGCACAACUGAAGAACUGUUCCGUCUAUCUGAACUGUAUGAUCUGAGCAACAGUCAGAGUGUUUUUUUUGUGCAACCAGCCCCCUUCCCAAGGCUUCCCUAAAUAACCCUCUCCACUCUGAAGCGCUCUAUCUUCACGAAACAAACUGUCAAAAUAGUAAGAGCUUGUAAUUUGGCUGCCGUUGCCUCUGCAACCUUUGGAGCAGACUGAGUCACGCAACUGAAUGUGUCCAGAGCAGAUGGCUAAUGAGGCAGUGAGCGAGCUAAAUACCAGGCUUUCUUCCCUCAACAGCACUCCGACUACAGUGACAACAUUUCCGUUAAAGUGACAGUAAACGCUGCUGCCCUGUGUUGCUCACUGGACCGCUGUUGGCAUUAAACAGACUGAAGAAUCCCAUUAGGCCAGGACUGAACUGGAUGUCGCUGCUGAAUGGGGGUUAAAGCACCACACAUCACUGUUGCUGAACAGAGUCUCUAUUUGAGUACGCAUUUACGGACUUCUCAAUUCACUGAUUCUCUCGCAUUUAACAUUUAUUUAUUUACUUUUAGUACAGUAAUUGAUCCAUGUGCCAUUAUACGUUAAGUUGGCAAAGGGUGCGAGAAACAGCUGGACGUGAGGCAUGCAAUAUCUUCUGUUUUCUUAGGAAGGACUCUAAAUAACAUGGACAGCUUUAUCAGUGAUGUAACCAACUUGAACCGCCUUAAGUGAACAUUUUUUUUAUACACCAACAUGGUUUAAUGGCCGUUUUUUUUCUCUUUUUUUCUUUUUCUUCAUUUCAUUACCAUGACUGACUGCAUAGUAUUCCGUCCUGUUUAGCCUUUAAUCAUGCGGGCAAAUAGUUCUCAUAGACCGAUCGUGCUGUGUGGUUUCACCCAUCACGAGAGCUACAGUUUCAUUCUGCAAGACUGAUUUACAAGUCACUAUUUUAAAACCAGAUUCUCCUUCAGUGUAGGAACAACUUUACCCUUUAGAGGACUUGCUUUUCUUGCUAAGAAAUAAAUAACAUUUGUGCAUAUUUAUGAAGCUGGACCCUAAAGGCAAUUAGCUUAGCUUAGCAUUAAGACUGGAAGCAGGAGCGAAACUGUACCACCUCAUGGAUUUGUUGAGUACUUCAACACAACACAACAAAUGUAAGGAAGAGGUUUGGGUAAAGUACUUGAAACAUGCGUAUUGAAUUUCAUUUCAUUUAUUCAGGUUAACUUCAUGAGUUUUGUCUGCUUGGGUUAAGGCUUGCUUUAAUUAGUUGUAUCCUUACCAUCACAAAGGAGUCCCAUUUCUUCAGGUCAUUCAGGCAACACUAAAGCUGCAUUUUUUUAAACUGGACUGAACAAAUGUUGGCCAUUACUGGAAAUACCUCACUAAAAAGAUACUCCUUUACAUGACAAAAUCGAGCCUGGUUUACUAUUAGCUGCAAAAUGGAGGAAGUAAAAGUACUUAUAGACCAAAUGGAGCUGUCUUAUAGUGUUAUAUGAUUGGAUUGUAAUUACUACUCAUGCAUCAAUGUGCAUUUUAAUGUUCCAGGGGGAGGAAAAAGGACAAACGUUAUGCACUGUUUAGUGGUUUCUUCUAUUGGAUGGAAUCUUUGUAUGAUGCGCUGAUAUGAUUUAAAUGUAAAGUCAUGUUGUCUGACGAAUGUAGUGGAGUAAAAAGCACAGUAGAAAAUAAUUAAUGAAAUGUAUUGGAUGCAUAAAGUAGCAGAAAACAAAAGUACAAUUAUUCAGUCAAAUUUGAUUUAAAAAGCGCUUUUAUAACAAAUCAAAUGAUGUUCAAAUUGCUUUCCAAGCGAUUGACGAAAUACAGGACAUACAAGUGUCUGAGAACUGUACUUAAGUGCAUGGCUUGAUUAAAUGUACUUAGUUACAUUUUACUAUUGAUGUGGGUCUAAUUUUGAGAUGGCCAAAUAGGAUCUAACUGGUCAAAAGUUUCUAAAACCAGCAGAAGCAGCAGUCAGUGCACAAAAUACAAGACCUUCUAAAAAGAAGUUAUGCAACAGCUUGCAUCAGCCUUUUGAGUUAUGACAACUUCUAAUGAAAUUAUACUCCACCAAAAAACUAUUAAAUUAGGAGAAUUACUCUUUCCUCUAUAAUUAAUGGUACUUGAAGUGUUGGAUUCUUGAUAUUAACACAAGGGCUUAAAAUGAUGAACUUGUGGUGGAGAAAAAUAAAAUUAUCUCACCAGUUCAGUUAUUAUGCUACAACUUGAAUUUUCUUUUAACUGAAUUAACAAGAAUUAUAGUUUAAAUUACCCAUGAUAUUUGAAAUUGGCAUAUUUACCAAAAUUAUUAUGUCAAGACAGCCCAUCAGAAGAACUCAGUAAAUUAGAAUUUUCUUCUUGCAACUGUGCAUUUAAUUAAGUGGUUGUAACAGGCCUCCUGAGUCCUUUUGCUUCCAGUCCUAAAGCUAAGCCAGACUGAUCCCUCUAACAAAGACAUAUAUCAUUCAUCUGCAGGUAAGAAAAGGAAAAAGUUGCUUAAACUACUCAUUCAAACCCAACUUGAUUCUCACUAUUUCCAGCAACCAACAAUGCACUUAAGCUUCAUUGCAGUAAUCUUUUGCCAGGACUAAAUGUAAUUUUUUUAUUAUUAUUUUAUUGGUGCAUAUCAUUUGGAAACAAACCUUUCCUAACAGCACAUCAGAUGAUUUGUCUGGAAAAAAAGAAGAAGCAAGAAACACGAGCUCGCCUACAGAUCCAUCAGCUUCCAAACCGACUUCACUUCCACCUUCAUCUUCAGAAAAUAUUCUGAAUGUAAUGCUUUCACAGCAACUUUCAUAAAUAAAGUCUCUCUUUCUCAUGUU